GCACAAGUAAUUGAGCUAACAGCAAAUAUUUGGUGGUGUUCUAGCAUCGAAAAACAAUUUGCAGAAGGUAAAACUGUCGAAGUUGUACAAGAUGCUGUUGAUAAGACGUUAUCUUUAUUAGCAGACAGUGUUUUAAGCGACCAGCCUGCUAUCCGGCGGAAAAAAAUUGAAGCAUUGGCAACUGCAAGUUUUCAUUGGUGUAGGUGUAUGCGUUUUUAUUUCGAUUCUCGAAAACUGGAUCCGCGUUCAUGUUGUGUCGUAAAAAUGGCUAAUGCUCAAUUUUUUUAUGGUUUUGAAUAUUUGGGUUUGCAAGAAAAACUUGUUCAAACUCCUCUAACCGAUCGCUGUUAUUUGACGAUGACUCAGGCGUUGAAUGCGAGGCUGGGUGGUAGUCCUUUUGGCCCUGCAGGUACAGGUAAAACUGAAAGUGUUAAAGCGCUUGGUCAUAAAAUGGGUCGUUUUGUUCUGGUCUUCAAUUGUGACGAAACGUUUGAUUUUCAGGCAAUGGGACGUAUUUUGGUCGGUUUGUGUCAAGUGGGUGCAUGGGGAUGUUUUGAUGAGUUUAAUCGUCUUGAAGAACGAAUGUUAUCUGCUGUUAGUCAACAGAUCCAGACGAUACAGGAAGCCGUCCGGGCUGGUGGAGAAAUGGAAGUUGACUUGGUUGGAAAGACAUUGUCAGUAAAUUCAAAUAUGGCAAUUUUUAUAACCAUGAAUCCAGGCUACUCUGGUCGUUCUAAUUUACCAGAUAAUUUGAAACAGCUUUUCCGCUCAUUAGCUAUGACGCAACCAGACCGACAGCUUAUUGCACAAGUGAUGCUUUUCUCGCAAGGCUUCAGAACAGCGGAAAAGCUUGCGAGCAAAAUUGUGCCCCUCUUCAUCCUCUGUAAGGAGCAGUUAUCCGAUCAGUGUCACUAUGAUUUUGGUCUUCGUGCUCUGAAAUACGUUCUUGUGAGUGCUGGAAACAUCAAACGAGAUGAAAUACAACAUGCAAUCGAAAAUCGUGUUAUAUUGUUAAGUUGUAUUUUUCAGCUGAAUGUAAGCAAUAUUUCAAGUGAAGUGUCUGAACAACAGAUUUUGAUACAAUCAGUGUGUGAAACAUUACUUCCAAAGUUGAUAUCAGAGGAUAUAUCACUGCUAUUCUCUUUACUGUCUGAUGUUUUCCCGUCAGUACAAUACAAGCCAAACGAAAUGACCGAGUAA